UUCACAGACGCGCGCGCACGUUCUGGCGCGUGGAGAAGUUCAGCUCUGACUGAAUGUAACGCCGUGUGUUAUUUCUUUACAGACCACGAAGCUACAAAUUCCCGUUCGUUUUUAAAAUAGGCUAUAAUUGGUUAAAUAUCUUCAGAAACGCACGGGAACGCUCCUAGGGCAACGUUUUAGGAAAUUCGUUUUACUUAAGGGAUUUUUUAUUUUAUUUUCCAGACACGUUAAGUGAUGUCUCAGUCAAAGAAAAUCUUUUAUGCAUUUGUUUGGUUCUGCUUGCAUUUUGAAGGUCGGAUGGGUGUGUUUGGUGUUGAGACAGGUGAAAUUAAAACAGCAGUAGAGGGAGAUUCUGUCACUCUACAAACUGAGAAACAGAGAGAUGAAGAACUGUUUUGGAUGUUUGGACCUCAAAAGGUUCUCAUUGCUCAAGUCAAAAAGGAGGAUGGAGUCUUCAAAGUUCAUGACGGAGCUGAUGGGAGGUUCAAAGACAGACUGGUGCUGAACUAUAACACUGGAUCGCUGACCAUUAAAAACAUCAGACCUGAACAUGCUGGACUCUAUAAACUAGAGAUAUUAAGUGAUACACCCUCACACAAAACAUUCACAGUGUCUGUCUAUGCUCUUCUUCCCAUUCCUGUCAUCACCAGAGACUCUUCACAAUGUUCUUCAUCCUCAUCAUCAUCAUAUUGUUCACUGGUGUGUUCAGUGGUGAAUGUGGGUAAUGUGACUCUCUCCUGGUACAAAGGAAACAGUUUAUUGUCCAGCAUGAGUGUGUCUGAUCUCAGCAUCAGUCUCUCUCUACCUCUGGAGGUGGAAUAUCAGGAUAAUAACACCUACAGCUGUGUGAUCAACAAUCUCAUCAGAAACCAGACCACACAUCUGGACAUUAGUGAACUUUGUUGGCCAUGUCCAGCUCCUCUGCCGAUUCCUGUCAUCACCAGGGACUCUCCAACUUGUUCUUUAUCUUCAUCACAGCAGAAUUGUUCAUUGCUGUGUUCAGUGGUGAAUGUGAGUCACGUGACUCUUUCCUGGUACAAAGGAAACAGUUUAUUCUCCACCACUAGAGCAUCUGAUCUCAGCAUCAGUCUCUCUCUACCUCUGGAGGUGGAAUAUCAGGUGGAAUAUAAAAACACCUACAGCUGUGUGAUUAACAAUCCCAUCAGCAACCAGACUCAACAUCCGGACAUCGAUCAGCUCUGUCAGCCAUGUUCAGGCCCUGUCCACUGCUGUGGUUUUACUGAAACUGUGAUCCGAUUGGCUGGCUCUGUUCUGGUGGGCGUGGCUACUGUUGCUGUGCUGGUUUAUGACAUUAGAUCAAGAAGAUCCUAUCCGAAGACGAGAGAGCAGACACCGCAUGCAGAUGAAUAUGAUGAUGUUGCAUCAAUUCACUAGGGGGCGAUAAUGUUACUCUGUUCUUUAUUCUUUUUAGGAAUAUAAAUAAGGAAUAUUCCAGGUUAAAUGCAUCUAAAAAUCACUUGACAGCUUGCAUGCUGUCAAUCAUACAUACAGAAUAAUAAAAUCGACAGUAAUCAAAACAUGAAAA